CAAAGCUUAAACAAAAAGUCAAAAACUCGCCAUCAGUUUUCGUGUUUUAUAAUUACUCGACACAAAUUAAUUUAAACUUUUGUCUCAACCGAUAAAGACAACGAGUUUAAAUAUUUAUAUCAUACAGCAGUAGAAGUUCAUUUCAGUCAUGGAUCCUAAAAACAAAAAAUAUGGUUUGAUUAUCCCUUCCAAAAACAAAGGAGCCAAAGACUUUCUUUCAAAUGUGAGCGAAAUGAGGAAACCCAACAAAGUGUUUGGGGGAGAUGGUAGCUCAAGUGACGAUAAUCUCGAAGAAGAUGAGGAGGAUGGAGCUAAAGCGUUGGACUGGAGGAGUCGGGCAGUUGCUAAAGCUGCCGAGAAGAGCAUGCAGCGAAACCAAGCAAGACAAGUAGCACUGAAAGCACUAGCAGAAGACCCAACAGUGUUCCAGUACGAUGAGGUCUAUGACGAAAUGCAGCAGAAAAAGGAGGAGAAGAAGCCGCCCAAAGAGGAGAGAAAACCCAAGUAUAUUGGCACCCUCCUAAAAACAGCCGAGUUGCGCAAAGUAGAACUGGAAAGAAGAGUGGAGAGGAAGGUGCAAAAGGAGAGAGAAACCGAGGGGGAUAUGUUCAACGACAAGGAAUCAUUCGUUACGCCAGCCUACCGAGCCAAAUUAGCCGAGCUAAAGCAAUUAGAAGAGGAAGAGAGAUUACGAGAGCUCAGAGAGGCUAGAUUGGACGUGACAAAACAGCAGGAUCUCAGCGGCUUUUAUCGCCAUUUGUACAAGCAGACGUUCUCAGAAGACCAGCCGAAGAAAGUCGAGGAACCGGAAGUACCAGUCACGUUCAAAAAGGAGGCCGUUGAGUCGGAGGUCAAGAGCCGGCGCCAGUACCGUUCCCGCAGGGAAGAGGAAGAAGAAGUGGAUGAGGAAGAAGAAGAAGAAGAGCCUUCACCCCAACAGGGAACGGAACAACCAGAAAUUCCCGGUGACCAAAGCAUUUCCAAUGCCGAAGGCGGGAAAUCCCGAUCGAAGGAGGACCGCAGGCCGGCUGCGUCUGCUUCUUUGGUUUCGGCCGCUGCCACUGACCGCGCAGCCACGGCCGAUCGUGCCAAGAAAACCGCUGCUUCCGACGACGUGGAAAAACCUAGGGCCAAUCGUCCAGACAUUAAGGAAGAAGAUUCGGAAUCGGACGACGAUGAUGAUGAAAAGCGUUCGAUCCAUUCACCGCCCCCCGAAGAGGUGGCCGCUCCGCCGAAAAUCAAAAUCGACAUCUGGAAGAAACGGACCACUGGCCACCUGCUGGAAGAGGCCAUUCAACGAUAUUUGGCGAGGAAAGAAGCCAGAGAGAUGAACUAAUGUGUCCCAAUACAAUUAAAAUUUUCUUUUUUUUAUUUCAUACAAUUAACGGCUAUUUACAAAUUGA